UAUGAGCACAUUAAAAGCACAACGUAUACAUUGUUAAUUAUUCUAGCUCGAUUAUACUCUAGUAGAGAAUCCAUUUUAACACUUAAGGCUCAUUUAUCUGGUAAAUAAGCUAAAAUUCCUAAAAAUCCUACAAUGGAAGAUUAUAUUACAUAUAUAAAAAAAUUAUCUAAUAGACUCAAAUAAGGUCCUUUAGAUUUUUGGAUUCCUAAUGUUUUUAGACGUUUAAUUUAAGUGAUUAGAUUAAUGAGUUCAGAAGAUGGAUUCUUUCCAAUUAAAGAUAAAGAAAAGAAUUUUAAAGAAUUAGGACUUACAAUAUUAAGAAAAUCAAUUAGAUCUAAAACAACAGUUGAAACAGGUUCUGAAACAGGCUCAAAUGCUAUUUAAUAGGAUGUAAUAUUACCUUCAAUUGAAUAAGUUUUGGAAGAAUUAGAAGCUCAUUCAGAUGAUAUUAAUACAUUUGUAAUUUCAUAUUAUUAUUAUAUUAAUAGGCAUCAACACAUUUUUUUACAAAUGAAGUGCUUUUAGUUUAUGAAUAUUCAACAACUGUGUUAAAUUUCUUAUUAUCAGCAAAAAAGACAAGAAACUUUGAAAUCAUAGUUUUAGAGAGUGAAACUGAAAACUUAGGAAAACAAUUUGCUACUGACUUAGGAAAACAUAAUUUGAAUGUUACUUUAACACCCUUUACUAAUGCAUAUGCUAUUAUGUAAAGAGUAAAUAAAACCCUUUUGGGAGUAGAUGCUAUUCUGAAAAAUGGAGGUUUAUUAAUGCAUCCAGGAACAUAUGCAAUUUGUGUUUUAGCUAAAUAAUUUGCUGUCCCAGUUAUUGUUCUAUCUGGAGCACAUAAAUUGACUCCAAAAUAUGCCUUUGAUUAAACUACAUUCAAUCAACUUGUAUCACCAUUAAAAAUUAAUCCAAAUUCUACUAUUGAUCAUAUGAGCAUUGGAGUAUAAUUUCUUAUUUAAUUAUUAGAUUACAUUCGAUUAUGUUCCACCUGAAUAUAUAAGUUUAUAUAUCACUAAUUAAGGUUAAUAUACACCAUAAAGUAUUUAUUAAUUGUUUAGUGAUUUUUAUAAUGUUAAAGAUGAGGACAUUUGA